ACUCAGUUGAUUGUGCUCCUCACGCCACGCAAGUAACUGAUAAGUUGUAUUCCAUUAGAUGCAGUGUUUUUAAUAUUAUAAAUAUUCACAGUCUUCCUUUUUUAAUAUAGUUUUCACAAUGAUGACACUUUUGUGUAUUUUCGUAGAGCUAGGAUUUCUGUAAAAAUGAGUUUACUAGUUUUCUUACAUUUUUUUAUUAUUCUCGCCUGCAUUCAAGAUGAAGACCAGGCAUGGGGCAUGGGCGCUCCAGAAACCGAUUACAAGGACUGGAAUAAAAUGAAAAACAUCUUGAAAGCGAUAGAUGAAUUUAAUAAAGGAGGUUCAAUUGACGAUCUCUACGAGGACCUCGCUGGAGACUUCGCGGACAACUCAACGCAUCAUACACAGUCUCAACAGUCAACAACAGUCAACAAUACGACAGUCUCAAGCGCAAAAAUACACACAUAUUCCGUAAGGACUGCUUUUGGUCUGUUAGUAGGCCUCGUGUUUAACCAAUUCAUUUACUCAUAUAGUUAGUUAGUUAAUUUUAUUUAACGACGAUCAGCAUCUAGGCUAUUUACGUCGCGGACUAUAUAGUUUUUAGUAUAUUGGAUUUCGAAGUAUAUAUGAUUAUCUCCAAAAUGUUUGAAUUUUCCGUUUUUCUAUGAGGUCCCAAAAGUUUGAUGAUCAACAUGAAUGUGAAAAAUAAGGAAAAUAAAUUAAUCAAAAUUGUA